UCGAUUAAGCUUAAUCGAUCACAAAUGGAUGCUAUUGAAUCUGUCAUCUCAGCUGUACAGUGUGGGCAUGUGAACCUCAUGAAGCUUAUAUGGGGCCCACCAGGUACUGGAAAGACCAAGACAGUUAGCGCUUUAUUGUGGGUUUUGGCGCAUUUGAAAUGCAGAACUCUUACUUGUGCUCCCACCAAUGUUGCUAUCAUUGGAGUUUACACUCGUUUCCUUAAAAAAAUGAAGGAUUCCGGUGAGAUAAUUGAUGAAAAUGGUCUGCCUUUUUCUCUUGGAGAUAUCUUGCUGUUUGGAAGCAGGUCUAACAUGGACAUCACCGAGGAUCUUCAGGAAGUUUACUUGGAUUUUCGUGUUGAUGAACUUGCGGAAUGCUUUUCAUCGUCGUCUGGAUGGAACUACAGAAUAGCUUCGAUGGUAUCCUUUUUUGAAGACUGUGCUUCAUGGUAUGAUAUGCUUCUUGAGGAUGAUGGCAAAAUUGAUCGAGUGUGCUUUCUGGACUUCAUAAAGAAGCAAUUUGAUGCAACAGCAAUAGCUCUGAAAAGAUGUCUAAUGAGUUUGUGGGUUCACCUUCCUGGAAGGUGCUUUUCUCAUGAUAGUGUCAUAAAUAUAUCUACGUUGCUUAAUAUGCUACAAAAAUUUGGCACCCUUCUGUGCAAAGCAGACUUGACCGAUGAGAGCUUGAAAAGGGGCCUUGGUUGUCUGUCAACUGUAAACUCUGUUUGUGUAAAGAUUAUAUCUUCACUUGAGAAGGAACUGGAUGGAGCAAGGUCUGCAUGCCUUAAAUUGCUUAAAGAUCUGCUACACUCUCUUAACUUACCUACUGGAGUAGACAAAAACUGGGUCAAGAACUACUGCAUACGUAAUGCAACACUUCUUUUCUGUACUACCUCUAGUUCUUAUCACUUACAUGACUUGAAUAUUGCACCCCUCGAUGUAUUAAUUGUUGAUGAGGCUGCUCAAGUACGGGAGUGUGAAUUGGUGAUCUCACUACGGCUACAUUGGCUAAAACAUGUUGUUUUGGUAGGGGAUGACUGUCAGCUGAGUGCGAUGGUUAAAAGCAAAGUAUAUAAAGAAGCUGGACUUGGGACAAGUCUUUUUGGGAGAUUAAUUACGCUAAAAGUUGAAAAAACAUUUGCUGAAUAUACAGUAUCGCAUGAAUCCUUGUAUCAGCUUAUUUCCAAAUGCUCAGUUUUAUGAGAGGAAGAUCUUAGAUGGUUCCAGUGUCCUAUCUCCUAGCUAUAAUAAGGAUUACACAUGCCUCCCUUUUGGCAGUUACACGUUUAUAAAUGUCACUGAUGGAAGGGAAGACAAAGAGGGCACGGGAAACAGUCGGAGAAACAUGGUUGAAGUUGCUAUUGUUUUGCAACUAAUCCACACCAUCUUUAAAUGUAUGUCUUUAAGUUGAACUCUAUCAUUUGUUUAACCUUAAUAUCCUUUCUAGUUAUUAACUUUUUAUGAAGCUACUUGGCUAAUAUAACAUGGUACCCGCAAAAAAAAACCUAGUAUAACAUGGGAUCUUUGCAAGCUCACAUGGUCUUCCUUUCUUGUACUGCAUACAACAUAACCUUCAUUGGUAGAAAGUUCUGCAAUAAAGUCCAGUUUU